GCAGAAUGUUAAUGUCAGCUGAGAAUGACUAGUCAUCCGACUUUCUUACCUGCGACGCAAGAAACCAAAUUUAGUGUUCAGAGAAAUCCCCUUAAAAGAGAAGAUCGAACAACAGAUCGAAAAAAAGAAGACUUCAUCGCUCUACCACCAGUACGAGCUCUCGCCACAACCGGCUCGGAAAACCAGUCAGACAGGCUGUUGACCCCACUGAGCAAAUGGCAACUCCAGCGCUGUUCCACUCCAAGUACAAAUUACUGUCAGGAAGAGAUGGUGAACGAGUGGUUACACAGGAAUCACAUCCGGGUAGUUGAGAGACUUCCCAAGAUGGACCCCGUUGUACUGACCAGUCGCGGAUCAGAUGUUUCAAAGUACAUCAGUUUCAUCCAUCCACCGCCUCUUAGUCUGAAGAUUAUCUCCAGCUCUACAGAGAAAAACUCCCGCGAAAAGACGCAAAAACGGCUGCCGGCUCCUUCCCCAGUAUCCAGUUCACCUUGCCCUCGCUUACUCAGGAGUCAGAGGUCUGAGAGCGAGAUGUUUUCUAUGAAUCCCGUCAUACGGGUCGGAGGAGGAUAUCGCAGGCUCAGUUGGAAGGUUUUGGAUGUUCUUCCUUCCAUUGGCCAGUAUGACCCUGAUCAUUUUCCAGCUUACGCGUGUUCUGUGUGCAACGCAACCUUGCCAGUCUCGGAGAAGGUCACGAAUUCUCGAGGACAGCUUCGCACAAUCCUUGCGACUCCAAAGGAGUGCCACAAAUGCGGUGCGCCUACAACAGAAUAUCAAAUGCUCACAGAGAAAGACUUACACGAAAGUGUUCUGGACACUUUACACAGAGGAGACCCAAGGUUUAUUGUAGAUCAUAGGCGUUUUCAAAAUUCGCAUGCUGCACGUUUCUCUCCGAAAAAUAACAGUGGAAUUCGGGAACCAAGCUCACCAGUGGACUGGCGUGACGAUAUAGAAUCGUUUCGACUACAUAUGAGCAGACAGAGUCAACGGGAGGAGGAUCUGGAUACUAGGGACCAGGAAUACGAGCCGAAGCGUUCCGAAUCGGGAAGAAGUAGCGUCUUUAUGACGGAGCCUGGAACGAAUAUCGAGAAAUUAAACGAGCCCCCGGAUGUACGGCGCGCAUGGGAUGAUGGAACUACUCGAGCUGAGAUCACAAGGGAUGAUGGGAUUGGCAGCAGAGAUUGGGUUAAGGGGAAAGAAAAUCAAAGUUAUUCGUCUGAUCUCGAUGCUUACAGUGAUUUUGAAAUGAUAGAGGAUUACGAUACAGAAUCGGGUUUUACUGUAAGGUUACGAAGGAGACCUUUUGGUGGCGCCAAACAGACUAGUUACGUUAUACACGGGAUUCAAGAUGAAGAGACUGCAAGUACGAACUCCAUGUCUAAGGGAAGAAAACGGCAACAUCAAGGAAAGGAAAAGCAUGGUCGUACGAAACAAGACAUUCAAACUGAGGCUCACCAAACUAAGAGCUCAAAACAUCAAGAAAAUAAACAAGGAUUUCAAACUGAUGCUCGCCAUCGUCGAAAGGAAAAGAAUCAUCAUAAGAAACAAGGAAUUCAAACUGACACUCACCAGACUAGGAGCUCAAAAAGUCGAGAGAAUAAACAAACUUUUACCGACAGAAAAACAAGCAAACGUAGAUCACACGACGUAAGUGAGAACGAAGAGGAAUUACGAGAAAAUGGAACAAGCCAAAAUGUAAAACACCCCAAAAAUACUCUUUCAAGAACAGAAUCAUUUUACACUGUCGGCUUGGAUCAGCGGGAUUACGUGUUUAGCGAAUCACCCAUAAUUGAAGAGGUCGUCGAUGACGAAGACGAUGUUGACAUCAUAUUCUCUGCAACAAGGUUUAGCGAUGACACUUUCUCAGAUUUUGAGUUCCAUGGUGAUGACUGGAGCCCAGGCCCACUGCGUCCUGGCUCACUCAGACCGAAAAUGCCCUCCCCUGCUGAUGAUCAGGAUGACGUGGAGUACAGUUCUUCAGUGUCAAUAUCACCCGUACAGCAUGACGGGUACCUUGGUGACAGCGAAGAGAACGCUGACCUGUCCUCCUUGCAGGCUCAGAUUCAACAAGCUCGGAAUAACGCGAAGAAGUAUCAAAAACGAAAAGAGGAAGGACAAGAGAUAAAAAGGAAAGAGUCUAGAGAAAAGAAGGCGAAAGACCAACAACCUAAAGCGAAAGAAGACGUCCAAUCACAGAACCUCUUAGAAAACGAUUCGUUAAGAGCCCCCUUAAAUAGUGGUGAAUGGGACAGUGACUGGGACAGCGACUUCAGCUUACACGUGCAACCACUGAGCGAUUUGAGUGAGUCGAGCAGUGACGAAGAACUCUGGAAGAAUAGAGCGCAGAGAGGAACCAACAACCCGAACACAGAAGAAAGGACUCGGAAACGAUCCGACAAAACCACAACAGUCAUUGCAAGGAGAAAAGAGAGCAAACCUGGUGGUACAGACCGCGGCAAAGGUCCUGAGAAUAAAAGAACUGCGGAGAACGGGCCGCGGAGGAGUACUGCCACAGAGGACCAUGCUAAAGACAGAAAAGCAAAUAGACCAAUUGUCAAGCCUAUACCCAAAAUCGGUUCAGAUUCAGACCCCGAAGAUGUUCCUCGCCGCCCCAGACCUCGCGGUCCCCGUGGCUCCGACGAGCUUAGCGAGAGUGACAUGAAUUUCUUCUCGCAACAGUUCCAAGCGCCUUACUCAAGAGGGGACCAAGAAAAUAGCUCUGAAAAGCAGAGCCCUGAUGGAUGUAAAGGAAUAAACUGUUAUCGGUGCUCGGCUUUUAUUCCGGAAUGUGAAGGCGUUUGCUCGAAGUGUGGUACUUUGUGUCAGCGGCCAGGUGGGCCGUGCAAGGCCUGCCGGGAUAUCUGUGAGACCUGUGGGAAGCCGAGAUACAGAUGCACGUCUGCUUGCGAGAGACUUGCAGCUAGUGAUGAGGAGAAGGAGCGGGAAGGGGAGAGCGUCGACACGGAGGGUAUGAGUAGAAUAAGCUGUGUUGUUUUGUGACUUCAUACAUAACGAGUGUGGUAAAAUGCGUAACCAAAGAGACCUGACUUGUUUGAUCAGCUGGCUCCAUACUUAACAAGAUGCAACUGUAUUUUGCUUUGCUUAGAGUUGGCGAUAAAAUGCGUGUUUCUCAAUAUAACCUGGGAUUGCCUUGACCCAGCCAUAUGCAUAUAGCUAAGCCCAGCAGAGUAAAUUACGCCCC